AUGCCAGGCUUCGCUGAUUUCCUUGGGAAGGUCAAGACUCAAGCUGCCCAUGUCGGCCAGCAGGCCAGUGCCUUCGCGCAGCGACUGAAGGGGGAUUGGCUAACAGGAAAGGAGGGUAGCACGCGUGCUAUGGCCGGCGGUUCGAGUCUGAUGCAGUCGUUCUCUCUGCCGGGCGAGUGUGAUAAGGCUGCCAAGAUCCUCAAGAGCUUCCUCGAGAGUGCUCUGAAUGCCGUGCCUAAGGACGUCCUGCUCAAGUGUAAAGGCAUUGCCGUCUUCACUAUCGUUAAGGCUGGAUUUGUUUUCUCUGGCAAGGCGGGCUCGGGUAUCGUUGUCGCCCGUCUUCCCGACGGCAGCUGGAGCGCGCCGAGCUGCAUCGCAACGGCCGCUCUAACCGCAGGCGUCGGAUGGGGUCUUCAGAUCGGUGCCGACCUCACAGAGGUUGUGAUGAUUCUCAACUCCGAUGAGGCGGUCAAGGCCUUCUCCCGUGGAGGCAACGUGACCAUUGGUGGAAGCAUUAGUGCUGCGGCGGGUCCGAUCGGCACCGGCGGACAGGUAGCCGCCAGCAUGGUCAACCCGGCACCGAUCUUCAGCUACUCUCGUUCAAAGGGUGAGUGGGCGUUGCCCUCGUUUAUCUGGAGAUUGGAGAUUGGCGCAAGCGAAAGGGGUUGA